AUGGGUGAAUACCCCGGAGAGAAAGGUCGAAUCUCUGGAGUCGCGGAUCCCGAGGUUCGGACGCUUUCAUCAGAUCCUCUUGGCAUGGUCGGCAUGCGACCAGAUGGCGGUACUGAGGAGGCUGAUGAUUUUCGCCCAGGAGAGCUGGAGUCAGAUGCAGUGCGAGCGGGUGUGCGAUAG